AUGGGAGCAGGUAUCAUUCACAGUACUCAAAGAUUCUAUUGUUCAACUUCAUCAACGAGUGAAACAACAACAGUAGCAGCAGCUGAAAACAAACCACCCUUUCAUCUAUGCAUCAUUGGUAGUGGACCAGCAGGUUUAUACACUGCAAACAGAGUCUACAAGAAACUACCAGAUGCAAAUAUCACCAUUUUAGAAAAAUUACCAGUACCAUAUGGAUUGAUAAGAUAUGGUAUUGCACCAGACCAUCAAAACGAAAAAAAGGUAAAGAACACUUUGGAAAAGACUAUUACCGAUCAUCCAUCGAAUUGUAGAUUCGUAGGAAACGUAAACAUUGAAAAGGAUAUCACAUUUGAUGACAUUCAAAGCAAGUUUCAUGCCAUUGUUUUGGCUUGUGGUAUUGAAGGUGAAAAGAAAUUAGGUGUACCAGGUGAACAAUCAAAUCAUAUUUAUUCUGCAAGAGAUUUUGUUAGUUGGUUAAAUGGUCAUCCUGAUUAUCAAAAAAAAGAAUUUUUAUUACAAAAUGAAGAUGUUGUUAUUGUUGGACAAGGAAAUGUAGCAUUGGAUGUUGCAAGAAUGUUAUUAAAACCAACUGAUGAAUUGUCAUCAACCGAUAUAACAUCGCCUGCAUUGGAAAAGAUUGCAAAUAGCAAAGUUAAAAAUAUAAAUAUUGUUGGUAGAAGAGGACCUGCUCAAGUAGCAUUUACAACAAAGGAAGUUAGAGAAAUAUUAAAAUUACCAAAUAUCAAUGCCUAUGUAAAUGAUCCAUCAACUUUAAAAUUUACUGAAGAUGAAUUAAACAAAAUGGAUAGAGCACAAAGAAAAAUAGUUGAUUUAUUUAUUAAUCAUUUAAAACCAGUUUCUGAAAAAAAGGAUGAAGAAGGAAAAAAGAAUUUAAUAUUCCAUUUCCUUAGAUCUCCAACCGAAUUUAAUAAUAAUAGUGUUGAUAAUAAUGUUUCAAGUAUAAUGUUGGGAAGAAAUAAAUUGGUGGAUGAUGGAAAGGGAAGUGUAAAGGCAGAGUCUAUAAAAGGAGAUAGUGAACAAUUAAAGUGUGGCACUGUUUUUAGAAGUAUUGGAUACACUGGCACUAAAUUCCAACAGGUACCAUUUGAUUUCAAAAAAGUGUGUAUCCCAAACAGACAUGGAAAGGUGUUGCACGAGGAUGACAAGCAAGGUGUCAUCAAGGGUCUCUAUGUCAGUGGAUGGAUAAAGUCUGGGCCAACAGGUACCAUUGUCAACGUCAGCAUGGAUACAGAAGAGACUGCACAGAGCAUCAAAGAGGAUUACGACAAUAAUCUCUACAAUCACAAGGUCGAUGGUUACCAAGGUAUCAUUGACAUUCUCCAUCAAAAACAACACAGCCUCAUCACAUUUGAUGAUUGGAAAAAGAUUGAACAAGAAGAAUUUAAACGUGGAAAGGAAAAGGGUAAAAUUAUCGAAAAAAUUAUUGUAUUUGAUGAAUUAAAAAAUAUUAUUAAAGAUGAUUAA